AUGAAUAAUAUUCCGAGUGAGAUAAUGAUAGAAAUCCUUUCAAGACUGCCGGCGAAGUCUGCGGUUAGAUUUAAGUGUGUUUGCAGAUCAUGGCGCUCUCUGCUUAGCCAUUCUGAUUUUGCAAGAAAGCAUUCUACGAAUCACAACAACGGCGACGUUAAUUCUUUCCUUCUUUUUAACGGCGCCUCCUCUUAUCGUCGGGCGGAAUUUUCGUGGUCGAAUGGCAAAAAAGAUGGCGAAAAAUUAUUAGAAUCAGCGACGAUGAGACCGAUCAAUGAUAAGCUGCAUGCUGAAGUGAAAAGCUUCGAGAAGGCUCAGAUCAUGAAUUCUUGUGAUGGCAUCUUAUGCUUGGUUCUUCUUGUGGAACGCACAGUGGUGCUAUGGAAUCCAUGCAUUAAUGAAUAUCUGAGCUUGCCUUUGCCUGAGUCGUCCGAUUUUGAGGACGAUAUACUUUGGAUUCGGUUAUGA